AACACGCAGGCGCUGAGCUCGGAAGAAGCUGAAUACUGCGGCUGGGCCACAGUCGCGGCAGAAGCGAUCCACGUGCAAGUCGUGAUGAAAUUCCUGGACAUGGAAGUCAAGAGCAGGAUCCGCCUCGACUCGUCAGCAGCGAAGGCGGUCUGCCCGCUCAUCGGGAUCGGAAAAUUCGCCAACUGGAGGUCCGCACGCUGUGGCGACAGGCAAAGGUGCGAGACGAGAGGAGCGGGCGACAUCGAGGAGCGCAAGGCUGAAAGAGUCAACCUCAUGAGCGAUUCGACCUGCAAGAUGGCGAAGGUCGGGGCGGCUCUUGUGGCUUUGCUGGACAGCCUGGGCGCGGCGAAACGCGAAGAUGCGUACGACGCCUGCGGCGGACUGGGCGACCACAGCGAGAUUGUGAUGAAGGACGCGAGACUGGGAACAGGAGUGCGCAUCAAAGGUAUGAUGCUCAGCAUGGUCCUGGUCAUGACGGUGGUCGUGGUCUGCGCAGUGGGUUGCUGCGUGGGCCACAUCAUGAAGCCAAGCACCAAGAACGAGAAGGCGAUGGUGGCGAGCGGGGCCUGCAUUCCAAGGGGGGCGACCGGGGCCAAGAAGGUGAAUAUCGAGACGAGGGCGGUCUCGAA